AUAAUGUUUCUUCCAUAGAGAUUUGUGUAUGUUUUAACACUCUUUUUCACUCUGGUUUCUACCUUACAUACUACUGUUCAAAGGAAGACGAUAAUAACUAUUUUAGCUGAUUUUUGUCAUGAUAUAGAAGAUAGAGGGAGAAAUCAGAGCCAUAGAUUUGCUGAAAGGCAGAGAGGGUGGGGGUUUUGCUGAUAGUGUGUUGCUGUGGUUCUCUGGUUUUGCUGGCUUUCUGUGUUGCGCUUUCGAAGAGUUGAGGGAGGCUGAUUAGUGGAUUUAUGUCGGCUGAGUUUGAUUUGGCUUUGAUUGGGGCUCAGUUGCAGCUCUGGCUUUCAUCUUCUACUACUGUUUGUUCUCUCUUGUUUACUACUGCUUUGUUGGCUGUUUCUUGCAUGAUUCUCUGCUUCUACAGGCAGAGACUGAAUCUCGUGUUCUCGACUGUUUCGAUGCGUUUGAGACCAAAAAGGACCUGUUCUGGAGUAGUGUGUUUCGGGGGCUUUCACAUAAAGCAAAGAUUUUUCUAUCUGCUCUUGUUUCUGAGAGGGGCUCAUACUUGAUACUGCUUUGAUAGUCCCAGAUUUUGUUCUCUCUUUUUGUGUUCUUGAUUUUAUUUUCCAUACUUUUUGACAAUUUUCCGGGUAUUUUGAGGGGGGUUGUAGGUGAGAUUUAACCGGUUUUUGCUGCCAAAAAUGCCAGAGCCGCGAAAACAAUCCAUGGAUCUCAAUAAAUCCAGCAAAAAAACCAAGAAAAUCCAGCCAAUCUUGACUGAAGAAGAAACUCAAAUGACUAGAAAAGUUCGUGUUAUCUUUCAUGAUCCUUAUGCUACAGAUUCAUCUUCAAGUGAAGAUGAAUCUGAGGGAAGUGUUGCUAGAAAGGCUCAAAAGGGAAAGCGUGUUGUUCGUGAAAUUAAAGUUCCUGCUUUUGGUCUUGUUCCUCGGUUAAAACCUCUUGACUCUGAGACUUCUUCCCAAGACAGUAACACCAAAACCCCUGCUCGCAAGAAGAGGGUUUGGAGUAAAACCCUUGAAGGCAAAGCUCCACUGUCCAAACCCAAAAAACCUGUUGGCGUUCGUCAACGGAAAUGGGGCAAAUGGGCUGCUGAGAUCAGGCACCCUCUGAAGAAAACCAGGAUUUGGUUGGGAACUUAUGAUACUCUUGAAGAAGCAGCCAAGGCUUAUGAUGCUAAAAAACUCGAAUUUGAUGCUUUGGCUGCUGCUGCCGCCGCCUCUGCUUCAUCUGAUAAAACCAAUGAAGCUUCAUGUUCUGCUGUUGCUUCUCACAACGGCAACUCUGUUCCGUCUACUUCUGAAGAGUCCGAGAGCCUUUUGUCGCAUACUUCGCCAUCAUCAGUGCUCGAACUGGAUACCUCUGCAUCUGUUUCAGUCUCAAACAACAAUGGUGAUUUCGAGGAUGAAAACAAUGAAGGGUUGGAUGUAAACUUUGCCAAUCUACCGAUACCCGAUUUCUGUUUCAUUGAUGAUCCUCUGCUGUCUGGUUCAGUCGGACAAGAGCUUAACUUAGAUGUAGAGCCUGCUGAUUAUCUGUUAGUCAAUGAUUUUGGGAUGAUGCUGGAGGAAUAUUGCAGCAUUGAAGACCUCAGUAUUUGUGGGAUCGAAGGCGAUGAGCCUAGUGAGCUACCAGAUUGUGAUUUCAGCACUGAUGACUUUCUUUUUGGCGAAGAAGUAGCCCCCCUCAACAUUGCGUGCCCAUAAGUUUUGCAGUUAGGAAUUAGAACUACAUAUUUAAUAUUAUAAGCCUUAUUAGUUGGAGAUAUCUAAGUUUUUUAAAUUAAUGUUGAAAGUAGAAGCGAGAGAUCUCUGGGACUCUCCAAGAUGAGUUCUUGGGGCAGUGCUUUUUGUGAGUCAGUUUAAUUUAUUUGUUUUUGCUGAAAGAGUGAGACAGAGAGAUGUGUUUAAAGAGGAAUGAGCUUCUUCUGAGGAGGAGGAAUGAAAAAAAACAAAUCCUUUGGGUUUUCUUGUGCUACAGAGCCUUCCAAGGGAUCCAGCUGUCUGGAAAAAGUGCUUGAUCUGUUGAACAAAUUUUGAUUGAUAGUCUUUGUGUUUUUUUGGAUCAUCCUCACAUGUUUAAGAUGCUACUAUCUUUGGUAAAUGAAAGUUUUAUUUUUCAAUAAA